AGUAGCGGUAGAAGCGUCAUGCAUUAAGAGCAAGACUGGCUGUAAGGGUGUGAAAUUUGUGCCUGAAGAGAGUUCUAAUUUGAACGUGUAACACCUCUGCACAGUCCCGGAAGAUCCUUAGUCUUGGAAAGCCUUGAUCAUGCCUCCUCAGACGUCCUUUGGUCUUCAAGACCCUCACUACUUCUUGGGACGCGGAGAAAUCCUAGGAUGGAUUAAUGAAACGUUGGGAUUGAGACUUGGAAAGGUCGAGGAUACUUGCAAUGGUGCCGUUGCCUGCCAGCUGCUCGAUGCGCUCCACCCGAACACGGUGCCGAUGAGCAAGGUGGACUUCAAUGCCAACAACGAGUACCAAAUGAUCAACAACUAUAAGGUGCUCCAGGACUGCUUCAACAAGCUCAAGGUCGAUAAGUACGUGGAGGUCGCGCGGCUUGUCAAGGGGCGGCCACUUGACAACAUGGAGUUCAUGCAGUGGUUCAAGGCGUACUGGGACCAGGUGACCAUGGGGCAGCCCAUCCCUCCCUAUGACGGCCCGGGGCGGCGCCAGCUCUGCAAGACCGGCGACAUUAAGAACGCGGGCGCAGGAAGCAAGGCCCCGGCGGCGGGCAUCAAGGCCGCCCCUGCACCCGCGCCGGCCCCAGCUCGCUCCACAGCGGCGUCGACGGCGGCACCUGCGUACCGGUCAGGCGCCAGCAACAAGUCCAUGAGCCCCGGUGACCGCGACCAGGUGGACAAGCUCAGCCACCAGCUCGAGGACCUGCGCCUCAAGGCAGACGGCUAUGAGAAGGAGAAGGACUUCUACUACUCGAAGCUGCGCGACGUGGAGCUGCUGUGCCAGACGCCAGUCAUUUCGGAAAUGGCCAUCAUGAAGCGCGUGCAGGAAAUCCUCUACGCCGCGACGUCGGACGACGGCAACCGCAUCAUGCGGGAAGCUCAAGUGGAGUUUGCCGGGCGGGAGUACACCGAGGAGGAGCUGUCGGCGCAGGACGGGUAGUGGCCGCGACUCAGCAUGUGUCGUUGCCGUACAUUUACGGAUGUGAGAGGUAGACGUGAGGUUAUGUGCGGACGCUGCGGUAAUUGCUGGCGUGUUUAUCUAGCAGCUAUAGUAAUUUGCGUUCGUAGGGCAGCUGCUUUACGGGUAAUCCAGCAGGAGCGCGCGCGUGUGGGAAGAGUGUGUACGUGGGUUAGGCAUGCACGGCCGCCAUGCGGUUUUGUGCCAUUCUUGAGACGCUUUGGUGGAUCCUGCAAUCCAGGAGUAGGCGAUGCGCAAAGACAUGCGUACGCUCUUCAUUAACAACUCAUAUCUAGAGGCAUUUAUCCUUUACAACCUUAUACAACGUCUUUGGCAAUCUUUCCAG